CACAGUAAAUAUUUGUAUUAGCCGGAGCCGGCUCGCUAAUGGUGGACGCGUGAGAAGAGAAGCGCGCGGCGGCGGGAGGCCGGAGCGGGCAUCGCAGCGGCGGUGGCGCCAUGUCCGUGAACAUGGACGAGCUUAAGCACCAGGUCAUGAUCAACCAGUUCGUCCUGACGGCCGGCUGCGCGGCCGACCAGGCGAAGCAGCUGCUACAGGCGGCCCACUGGCAGUUUGAGACGGCCCUCAGCGCCUUUUUCCAGGAGACCAACAUCCCCUACAGUCACCAUCACCACCAGAUGAUGUGCACUCCCGCCAACACCCCUGCAACGCCCCCAAACUUCCCUGAUGCCCUCACCAUGUUCUCCCGUCUCAAGGCCUCCGAGAGCUUCCACAGUGGCGGCAGCGGCAGCCCAAUGGCCUCCUCGGCCACGUCACCCCCGCCGCACUUGCCCCAUGCUGCCAACAGCAGCUUUGCAGCACCCAGCUGGCCAAUGGUGGCUUCACCCCCAGGGGGGCCACAGCACCACCAGCCUCAGCAGCCACCCCUGUGGACUCCGGCACCCCCUUCCCCAGCGUCAGACUGGCCACCCCUGGCCCCCCAACAGGCCACCUCAGAACCAAGGGCUCACCCUGCCAUGGAGGCUGAGAGAUAAGGGAGGCCCCUCCCCCCUCCCGGAGGCCUGGACCCCGUGGGGCGGGGGAGAAGACAUCUCCACGGGCCCCCUUUUACCCUCCUCUGUCUGCACCCCCUUUCCCUGGAGCCCUGGAGGGGAGAGACUGGACCCCUGUGCCAGCACACAGGCUGCCCUCCAGUGCACGAAGUGCAGGCUCACGGCACCCAGCUUGCAUGGAUUUGGUUCAGAGUCAUCUGGGUGCUCGUGGACAGAACUUCAGAGACCAAGCAGCCUUCCCCAGAGGACUCACCCCACCUCAGGAGUCCGCGGAGACUUGCCUGGCUCCUGCUUGGAGUUCCUUGGGGCCAGCAGACCUAGAUCCCCACCCUCGUGAAUGCAGAGCCUUCUCCGCAUGUGUGCGUGUGGCUGUGUCUGUAUUUAUACGUAUGUCACUAUUGAAGAAGCAACCUAGUUUAUGGGGCAGUUGGACUUUGCAUGUUAGAGUGAGCCCCUGAGCUCCUUGCCCAUCGUCCCCCUCCCCAGGGUCCCCCUCCUCUCCCCACCCCCUCAGCAGCCAGCUUUGCUGUUCCUUGCAGAGAAAAGGAUUGUGGGAAACUCCAGGACUUCCCACCCAUCCCCCGGCGUCUGCCUGCUGGAACUGCGUGCAUGCCUCCCCCAGAGCCCAGGGGUACCCCAUACCCAUUUCCUUUCCCCCUUUUAACAAAGGAGAAGAAUGAGUUCCAAACCACCACCAGGCUCUGUGGUCUUGUAUCCUCAGCUUUGCUGCCAGCUGGCCCUGUGUGUGUGGAGGGUGGGGGGAGGGCACAGACAGCCCAGAACAGAGGGCUACCCUCCAGUCCUGCCUGGCUUCACACUACUCCUGCGUGUUGCUGUCUUUUCAACCACAACAUGCUGUGGAAUCUUCCUGCCUACCAAAGGUUUUUCCCAUGAAGUUAGUUUCUGGCCUGUGUUCCAGAAUCCCAGCCUCUGUCUGCCCACCCUUCCCCCUUCCUGGCAAGAGGGAUCCUGACUUUCAGAGCUGACAACUGCCUUCCGGUCUGUCUGAGUUUCACAUAAGGACCUUUCUUCCUGUCUCAGGGCCCCAGUAAUUGGCUGCGGGCUGGACCCUCAAGCCCAACCUCCAGCAAAUGUGCUGGGUAGGGCAGGGCCCUCCCCUGGGGAGGCACAGGCCACAGUGCCUAUAGUCUGCAAGCUUGACAGGGAUACACCAGCCUGGGGCAGAGUCCAAUCAUUGCUCAAACCAUUAGUCACUAAGGAGACAGGCCACCCAGGGGCAGUAGACAGUGGAUCCAGGCUGCUUCCAAGCUGGGCUGGGGCAGGUAUCCAAUCUAGCCCCAAGGAAGAAGCCAGAUGCCCCACUCCGCCUUGGGCUGCGCACACUGAGGGAGAGGGUCCUUGUGGCCUCUGCAGUUCCUCACCAGCAGACCUCUUCCCUAAUCGAGAAGAACUUGGUUAGCAUCUCCGCCUUGUGUGGAUUGUGCCUGGGUUGGAGAGUUUCUUCUAUUUCGGAAGGUCUGCCUGGCACUCACCACCACCAACAGUCCUCUCUUGCUCCCAGGUAUGGGGCUGAGCUUUCUGACAAGGAUGCCUCUGCCCUGCUGGAAUCUGGACAGGCCCCUGAUGAAGCCCACCUGGGGUGAUUGUUUACUCUGGUUGUCACUGGAGACCAAACACUGAGCCCCCACUUGAGCUGUUGCUUGCCUCCCCGAAGUUUGUCCUCACCAUGAGACCUAUUUUCCAACAGCCUCUUGGAGUCCGGAGAGGACACAGGUCUGCCCGGGGUGCACUGGGGUGCAGCUUCUCCAUUCUUUUGGAUGGAAAAAGAUUCAAGGGAAACUGAUGACAGCCCCUCUUCAAGUGGCAGGAAAAUGCUUUGCAGAGCCAAGCAUUUCUGGGUUAUCAGCUGUGUGAGGUGAGCAUGCCUGGGCUUUCCCAGAGAGCUGGUUACUGGGGUGGCUGUGUAUUUUGGAACCAUAGGAGACAGUGAACUAUGGAAUUUGCAGUCUUGGAGACCAUGGGGCUUGCCCCCCGGGCAGGCCCCUGCAGGUCUGUACAGAAGCCCACUCUCACUGUUCAAAAUGGGGUCCUCUGACCAACAGCAUCUCCUGGGGGUUGCUAGACCUUGGGUCCCAGUUUGAGAAGUAUCUCUACAGUGCUAGUCUGUUGGAGGUGAGGCCCCUUUCUGUUUUUGGAGGCCGUAUAGGCUGGGCUUGGAGGUCCCAGUGGAUCACAUUAGACUGGAAGGGACUUGAGGUUCCUGUAGAUGCCAUUUUCCCAACCUGGGCCCUGUGGACAUGGGUGCUGGGUCAUUGUCCACCAUGGGCGUAUCCUGUGCACUGUAGAUGUUUGGCCAGCAUCCCAGCCCCUACCCACUAGGUGCCAGUAGCACCCUCAUGCUGUGACAACCAAAAAUGUCUAUGGACAUAGCAAACUGUCCCUUGGGGGUUCUGUGAAAAGACAAACAGGCCAGGCUCCUGGUCCCUCCAUGUCAGAAUCUCAGGGGAGGCCCUGACUAUCAUUUUAAACACUCCCAGGAUAUUACUGAUUGACUUGUAAACAAACUAAAAACCAUUCAAUUGCACACUUCAAAAGGGUGGACUUUGUAGUGUUUUCAUUAUGUCAAAGCUAUUAUGAAAGGUAAAAUAGCUCCCAAGUGCUUCCAACCCAGUGCAAACUUACAAAGCAUAAGAGUUCCCUGGGUACUUAAGGCAACAGUUCUGGAGGAGGGCCCAGCGAUCUGAGUUUUAGUAAGAGCCCCAGGCAAAUUGGGACCCAGGGGAGGAGGAAGCAGAGGGUAGGGCUGGAGCUGGAUCUGGGUCCUCAGGUACUUACCAGCAGUGCAGAGACCUGCUAGGUGUGCCUGGGGCCCCCUGUCAGCAUCUCAAACAAGGGAGUGGCCACAGAAGCGAGCCAGACAAACUCAAGGGGAAGCCAGAGGCAGGCCUACAAUAGCUGCCACAUGCCCUCAAAAUUCGAGUGUGAUACGGAGAAGCUGGAACCUCCCUUAACUUCCCCAAACCUGGAACCUCAGGAGCAAAACUGAAGGCAUCCAUAACCAUCCACUACGUAUUCCAGUAUAAACUGGCUAAAAAGCAUAGGUUCUGGUGUACAAAUGGAAAAUAUUUACAGCCACGUUUAGCUGAAUCUCAGAUGUCCCCGGGGCACCUCCUGGGGAAACCGGCCUUGUUACCUCAAAGUCUAGCCACUUCUGGGCUUUGGACAUCUACACAAUCACCAGACUUGAGCUCCAAAUGACUGUUUCCAAAAUUCCACUCUAAAAAACACCAUUUGCACCCAUGAAUUUGCUUAAAAGGAUGUGAUUUGA